CGGAGACAUAGAGAAGAAGUAGGAGACGGGCAUCAAGGUUUUUUUUAGGGUUGAGGCAAAGUCUUGAGGAACAAUCAUUCUUUCUUAUUAUUGCAAAGGAAGACGGAAAAAAAUGGCACCAUUUUGUUGUAAUGGCACCCGAACCAUCUUGAAUAAUCAAGUCCCGGGUUCUCAAAGUACAUAUGCAGAGAUUAAUGAAGAAUCCAUAGAGAAUGUGGAUUCAAGUUCAUCGUCUAGUAAGAAGAAUGAAUUUUGGUGGGACAUAUUGCAAUGGUUAAGAACAGCUGCUUUGGAUCCUUGCAAGGCAAAGCCACCACUGGAGAAACUUAGGAGGAGACAGAUUCUUAAAGCACGGGAACAUAUCUCUCUGAGCACUACUGAAUUUCCUUGGAAAAAGCGGAAACUUGAUCUGUUAGAAAAUAAAUGUGCAAUUAGCCCUCCUCUAGCAAAACCAAAUGAGCAAAGUUCUUUUGCUUCUUCAGUUUCAUGCUUAAUCAAUAGCACUGACUCAACUGAGAGGUCUCAGCAGUAUCUUUGCAGACCUUCCAUCUCAGUAGGGUCGUCGAGAUAUCUUGAUGAUCUCUCCAGAAAACGGGUCCGGAAUAGUCAUUUUUACAAAUCUGAUGAUUCAAUCAGUGUUGCAUCGACUCCGGAAAAGCCAAACAUUGAGAACAUACCUAGAGUGAACCAGUCAAUGAAGGCGAGCAGCAAUCUUCCAUUGAAUCAGGUAUAUGUGCCUCCAGCUAAGAUAACCAACAAAAACUUUUCAUCUCUGUCCGACUCUGAUGAUUUGGUAGAUAGUUCAAGUAUGCCAAAUGAAUACAGUCAAGAGAAACAUAAGACCGCUCGUAGAUCACCUAGGUUACAGAACUUCAUUAGUUAUUCUCUCCCAAGAGUUAAAGUUCAAGUUGGCUCAUGUCAUCAGGCUGACAUUCCAGAUUGGAUUGGGCCGAGGAAAAGUGAUACAUCCUCCACUGAUGGUCAAAGUGAUUCAUUUGAUUCAAGGUAUAUGGGUACCAAGGUAUGGCCAAUCGAAGGCAAAAAUACAGAAGAUAGUGAAAAAGAAGGGAUAGGAAAGGGAAGACUGAAUUCAUGCUCCUGCUAUUCAAUGGGGUGUGGAGGUUGCAUCAAACUUCAUGUAUUUAAGAAAGGACUCCAGCUACAAGAUGAACUAGGAAAUGCUUACUUUACCUGGAAAUUCGAUGAAAUGGGCGAGGAAGUUUCGAAGUUGUGGACAACAACGGAACAGCAAUGUUUUGAAAGUCUUGUGAGAAUGGACCCUAUAACCCAGAGUGAUAGUUUCUUGGUACCUGCACUGAAGCGAUUCUCUGGAAAAUGCAGAAAAAGUAUAUUCAGUUACUACUUUAAUGUAUUCGUUCCUAGCCGCAUGAGCAAACAGACCAGGUUAGCCGCUAAACGUGUAAAUAGUCACGGCGACAAUGAUGCUGUUGUGAUGGAGAGUAGUAUCAAACGCAAAAGCAGAAAAUACUUUAGUGGAGGCCAUUAAGACAACAUCUGCUCUCAGUUUUGAAAUCUCUGAUACACUCAAUUGAGGUUCCUAGCUAUUACUCAGUAGUCUGUUGUCUUGUCUUGUAAAAUUUUAGUAAUGCAUAUGAAUUUUCUUU